UUAUCUAUAUGGAACUUGUACACGUUUUCACAAAGAUAAACUUACCAUUAUAUGUAUAUAUCGCCGCCUUGAUAUCGCUGUAUAUAUUGUUUAUACAUAGCUUUAGUCUAGUUGUUAUCAUAAACGUUUGUAUCGUUGUUUGACAAAGUCCUAAUGAAAUGAGAAGAAAUUAUCUUUUCUAUGUCGUAAGUUUGUUGUUUCUUUCAAGAAAUUAGAGACAGAAUAAUUAUACCUGGAACGAGGAUACACUGUACUUUAAUAUAAUACGGAACACAGUCGUCAGCUCGAAGUUUUCGUCACACCAUCGAUAACAUGCUUCAGCUUUACCGAAAAGGGGUACGUCUUCACUGGCUACGAAAGUAACAGCUAAUAGAAAACAGUGCAGAAAAUCAACAUUUCUCAGAUGGCAGCGUCAGCUCUUCUCAUGUGCCUUCAAUUGUCCUUGUUUGUGACAACCAAAGCUGUUAAUGCAGGAUGCCAAUGUGUCGUAUACGAUGGUACAUUUGGGAACGAGUACGGAGUGUUUACGUCGCCUAACUGGCCAGUUCCUUAUGAAGAUAACAUCAACUGUGUGCUUUACACGUUUCAAGCUCAAGAAGAUGAAAUUGUCGAGCUAACAUUCGACGAGUUCGACGUCCAGAAAUCAAAUUUAGAGUGCCGUCUGGGAGAUUACGUGAUGUUAUUUCUUCAUUUAGAAGAGGCGGCAGUAGAUCAAAAAACUCUAGAAAAUACAAUACUGUGUGGGAAGAUAGGAGAUAUUGAUCAGACGCACUAUUCCUCCGGUCCUGCUCUUAUAUUCGAAUUCCACACAGACUGGAGACUAGGAAACAAUACUGGAUUCAGAGGAACCUACCGCUUUCUAAACAGAAGUUUGUUUUUGAUUGAUGGAGAGCCACUCUUCGGUACUAACUGUGACUACCAGUUCUUCAGGGGCAAUAAAUCCCAAAGUAAAGGAUAUUUCUUUUCUCCUCUGUAUCCUAGUACUUAUCCACAUAAUGUUAGAUGUGCGUACCACUUCAUGGGAAAAUAUAACGAGAAAGUCACAGUUAAUUUCGAAAAAGUUCGACUUCAACAAGGAGACAUGAGCUGUCUAUAUAGUGUAGACAAAAUCAAAGUGCAUGACGGGAAGGAUGCUCGUAGCUCCUUAAUUGGACAACUAUGUAACUACCAUGAUUUCGUGGAAUUUUUCUCUACUGGUCCUGAUUUAUACAUUGAAUUCUAUAGCCAGAGUCACUUUCCCGGUCAAGGAUUCAAAGCGUCUUUCCAGUUUAAUGAAGAGAAUAUUAACUUAGGACUCAACCUCCCAUCAACAGAACCCCUGAAUAACGGCUUGUUAUUACCGGUCAUCAAAGAGCCUCGUGUGCCCUGUGAUAUAUGGGUAACUAGUACUGUUUCUAAAAACGGAACAUUUGCGAGCCCUAACUAUCCUAACUCCUACCCGGCUGACAUCCACUGUGUUUACCACUUUGCAGCUAGAGGAAAGGAGAGAGUCCAGAUCAUCUUCACGGACUUCGAUCUUCAUGAACCAAUACCCAGCAGGGUGAACAGGGACUGUGAAGGAGUUGAUGUACUCCAGGUUUUCAUCAAGGUCAAAGGUCAAAUGGAAAAGAUUAAAAACAUUUGCGGAAAAACCCUUCCACAUCAGCUAAUGUCUAACGGCCCAUCCAUGAUUCUAGAAUUCCAUACAAACAAGGGUUCUACGAGUUCUAAGGGAUUUCAAGCUUUUUACCGAUUUGUGUCCGAUUUUGGAAUCAGAGAAGGAUCCCAGGAUCCCCAAUCAGUAUGUGGCUUCGUCUUCAAUAGCCUGGAGCAGACCAAUGGAACUUUGACUUCUCCCAACUACCCUGGAUUGUACCCUCGAAACACAGAAUGUCACUACUUCUUCAUAGGAAGAAAAACGGAGAAAAUCCAGAUCACCUUUUCUCACUUCGAUGUAGAGGGAGUAACUCCCUGCUCAGCAGACACUGCAAGUGAUUAUGUGGAGUUCUCCAAUAAGCGGUCUACUGCCUCUAAAUUUCCCCGCCACUGUGGCUUGAAUAAGCCGAAGACUAUUGAAUCCGAGAGCGAUUUUUUCCGGGUCACGUUCAAAUCUAACAGUCGCUUCGACGGAACAGGUUUCAAAGCCUUUUAUCAAUUCACGAAUCAAACCA